AUGUGUGCUGAAGAAGUUUUUUCAGAUGUGCGUCAAGUCUUUCCGGCCGGUACAACUCUCUUCCAAGCCCACUGCAUGUUGGGUGGGGCGGAUUCAAACACACCACAUGUGAUGCCUGUGGUGUUGAUAUAUACAACUCCCGGGCCUAGUCCUGUGGCCUAUGGCCAAUUCAUCCCACAUCUAGUCAACUCAGUUACGGUGUCAACUCAAGGCAAGCCAAUCUAUGCAGAUACUGAGGUGGCAUGGGAUUUUGGGCCCGAGAUUGUUUCAUUGAUUGUUGAACACAAUGCAUGGUUUCCCUCAUUGGGCAGAUAUAUUGACAACGUAAUAUAUUACCAAGGUGAACCAGGCCUGGCUGUGUUAAAUGUGGAUGAUUUUAACGAACGGGGAGUCAAUACUUUCAUCUCAGGACACAUCAAGAAUUGGGAUUCUAAUACCGAUGAGCUCAUUGUACAGGCUACUACCAUUUCACCAGUCAAUUAUGACUAG